GCUGAUGCAGCCGUCACACUAGCGCGUGGACCCCUGCAAGAAUUUCGAAAAGCACUCGAGAAAUACAGCCCUCUCCAAACCCGACAAACCCCUCUACACCUCAAUAGUCCCCAGACACAAUCCGCAGACACAAAUCCACGAUGCGCAACGCACCGCCCCCGAACAAGAAGCGCAAGAUCAAAACGGUGCACGAGGAGAAGAUCGACUUCGACCCGGCGGCGCGCGAAGAAUACCUGACGGGGUUCCACAAGCGCAAGGUCGAGCGGCGCAAGCACGCGGAGCAGGAGAAUGUCAAGAAGGAGAAGGAGGAGAAGCUGCGGUUGCGGAAAGAGUUGCGAGAACAGCGCAAAAUCGACCUGGUCAAGCACGUCAGCGAGACGAACCGGCUGAUGCGGCUGGCGAACGGCGACAUCCCCUCGGAGGCCGAGUCGGAAAGCGACUCCGAGAUGGACGCAGCGACGGGCGAGCCGACGUUCACGGGCUUCGACGAGCCGAUCAACCAGGAAGACGAGUACGUCGACGAGGAAAAGUACACGACGGUGACGGUCGAGACGGUGGGGAUAAGCCGCACGGGGUUCUCGCGGCCGGGCGAGGAGGCCGAGGAGCUGAGAAAGGAGCGCGAGGCGAGGGAGGAGCGGGAGAGCGAGGAGAAGAAGAAGAGGGUGUGGACCAAGGAGAGGCCGAGGAGCGAUCGCCCCAAGAAGAAGAAGGUCAAGUUUAGGUACGAGACCAAGGCGGAGAGGAAGGUGGAGAGGAUGAAGCAGGGCAUGAAGAAGAAGAAGCUGGCGGAGAAGAGGAGCAAGGCCAAGGAAGAGUAGGGUGGUGCGAUGGAGGUUGGUUGAUUUGGCUUGAUACCCAGUUACGGAUCAUAUGCAUGGGUGGAGUUUGGCGCAGCAUAAAAUCGGUGCAAGAGCUCAAAAUAUGGAUGAAGUGCAAGAGCUCAAAAUAUGGAUGAAGU